GAAAAAUCGAAGCGUCGUACCCAACGCGGUCACACUUUUGUAAAUAUUGAUUUUUCAGCGCCCCCACCAGAAAAAUCUGCGACAGCUCCCAGUAUUCGGCGACAGAAUUAGCAUCCCAGCAUCCACCAUAGGUCUCGCGGAGACAGCCGUCCUGGACAUUAUGGCUGCGAACCUGCAACAGCAGCGCUCCAUCAACCUGCAGCUGCGCCGGGAGGUGGAGAUAGAGCGGAUGCCCGUCUCGGAGGCCUGCUCCCUGAUGAUGAAGUACAUGCUGGAGCACGAGGAGGAGGACUGCCUGCUGAGCGGCUUCACCCAGAAGGUGAAUCCGUUCCGCGAGAAGAGCUCCUGCAGCAUCCUGUAGGUUCGGCAAACGGUCCGGACCCGUUCCUAACAGUAUUAUCCUAUAAAGUAUACUCAAUUGCGGCGGAUAAUCCAAUCCCAGCCGUGCAUGUCGUCUAACCUAUUCGCUGUUCGUUGUAAGUGUGCUGACCUCAAUUAUGUCUAUAAACUGACUAUAUAUACAAUGGAAUCGGGCGCACCGAGAAUUUAUGAACGUGUAAACAAAAAAGGGGGAACCGUCUUGAACUUAAACGCCUGCAUAUGUGUGUAUUUUGCUAAUCCUGUAGCUCUUUAUUGGAGAAUUUAGCAAACACCUUCACUAUAUAGAUGUUUCCUAUUGAGAUAUUCCUGAAAUAAAGCUAUGUAGCCAGAGAUUUUCAUGUGAA